UUGAAUCGAUGAAAAACAGGGGAAAAAAUAAUCCUGAAAACAUGAAUUCCUUAAGUAAGAAUCUUUCUGAUUGAGAGGAUAUGGAUAUAAAUUUCGGCUUAAGAGUUAUAGCAACUAGAUUUAACUUCAAUCUUCAAUCAUGGAGAAGUCAUCUUUUCUUGUGUUUCUGGUUGUUGCAACAUUGGUGACAAGGGUAUCGGCACAGAGAACAACAAGGAUUUGUCACCAACAAUCAGAUUGCAAUAUUAAAGAGGAAUGUUGCGUAAGUGGUUUAUUGCAAUUUGAAUCUCACUGCCUGAAAAAGCGACACCUUGGGGAAUUAUGUUUAGAAGACCAAGUUCCAUUUAAUGGUAUGUAUGAUAUAGUAUGCCCUUGCAUGGAUGGAUUAGAAUGUCGGAAACAAACUUCAUCAGUGAUAACAGAUGGGGCAACUUGUCACCCAAAGAAGGAACAUUAAUAAUAAAUAAAACUGUUAAUUAACUGUAACUGUUAACUGUAACUUUGGCAAAUUAAACUGUUGUUGACUAUUCUA